AUGACCACGGCUCGCGAAGCUUACUCAGAGGACGACAAUUUUUUAAUCGGCGAUGAUUUCAUUACAAAUCGCUUCCGUCGAGAAGCAAGACAGCUUCAUCUCAGCGAAUUUCCCAGAACCCGUCGAGAGGCCCAUUUCGCGAGGUACAGAAACUCGUUUUUGAAAUGCGACUUAGACCAAACAAAUAGUCGCAUUGAACAGGCAAGAAAGCUGAGGCUAGCCGAAUUGGAACGUGCUCGUGCCGCUGUUUUGAAAGAAGAUGAAAAGAGAAGAGGAAAUCGACGUGAUAUACCGAUGUCUUCUCCAAAGAGUGCUAAUGAGAGUGGAAAGAUGUUGAAGGCAGAUACAAGGAGUAAAGGAAGUUUGAGUGGAAGACGCGUUGCUAAGGAGUUCCAACAAGACAGUCGCCCCAACAUUUCUGUUAGAAGUUCGUCGCGCGCGUCGUUUGCUUCUGAGUCGGUGGAAAAACUCGAGAAUUCCUAUAAUGAUAGAAAGAACACAGGAAAAUCAGAAUUCAAGACUUAACGAAUCAGUCGAAAAUGGAGAAAAUCCACUGGGGAAUGAAAAUUCCAGCCCAAAUCCGAGUCAACAGAAAAAACAACUCACCGUUACACGCUUAACUUUGCCCCGAACACCGUCAAAGGCUGGAAAGGACCAUUUGGCGGGAAAAGAUGGUGGUAGCUUUACCAUGGAUACAAUAUCGAGGUUGUCGUGGGCGCCGUCCAUGGUGGGAAAAAGAUGGUCCGUUGGAAACUCCCUGCCAUCAACGCUUAAGACCCAUGGCAUGAAUAGUAGUCAACGGAAAAAACUAUCUGUGACGGAUUUGAAUUCGACGAGAAGAUCAUCAGAGACUGGAAAAGAUUGUUUGACCAGAAAUCAGGGUACUACACUCACAGCUACAGGGUUGUUAUGGAAACCGUCGGUGGCAGAAAAAAGAGAUUCAAUGACCACGUCUCUACUAAAGGCGGUCAGUCUUCAUGUAACGCCUCCAAAGACUGUCAACGAUGAGGUGCCAAUAAGCUCGAUUUCCGAUAAAAUAGUAACGGGUUUUGCUCUCUCAGAAACGACAGGUAAGACAGGGCAAAGAGAACAACAAGAUCAUGGCAAUAGUCAAGGAGGAGAAAGCAGCUAUCGGAUGGCAAGCGCGAAAAUUGGAGUAGCAAGUCCAUUUACCCAAUCAAACAAAAGGACUAGCUCGGCCUCUGUAUCUGAGUGCGGUUCAGAGAGGAGUUUACGAUCGCAGGGUAGCGGUUUAACUCGUGUGAGUCCAGGGAUUUCAGAAUACCAGGUAUCAAACUUGAGGACGGCACAAACUCAAUCUGCUCACGAGAAGUGGAUGUGGAGGGAAUUCGAUAAAGUAAUGCAAGGUUUUGCUGAUAUUCUUCGCUUCGAGCACAAAUCUGUGAACUUAAGGAACAAGGAUGAAACAGAUGUGUUAAAAGACGAGAAUCCAAUAAGACCAUGGCCACCAGUUCAAAAUGCAACUCAUUCCCACAAUAAUCCAAUGACUCCUUUGUAUUUUCGUCAUGGGAUUUCCGAUAGAAUAGUUUUCCGCUUCUAAACACACGGACUGCUUGUUAACCUAAUUUCACCGAUGCAAGCUCUCCUGGAGAAUUAAUAGGCGCCUCUCUAACAGGCACCGACUUGAGGGAAAUCAUGUGUCCUGGCCAAUGUUGAGGGGCCCCCGCAGGGAUCAGUAAAAUCCCGUCAUUCCGUCCGAAAGUUCACUUAAUUCCACGUCCCUGUGGGUUGGCCUGUGCAGUCCUCCCCUUCUCUUCUCCAUUUUUUGGGGGGUUUAUGCUACGGCCACGGCUACGACAAAGAGAACAGCAAAAAAGCAAUAGAUUGAGAUUGGCAAAACGACUGCUUUGCACGUGAUCACGCUUUUUUGUACAUUUCUUUGCCUUCACUACACGACCACGACGUGAAACUUCCUAAUUUCACGUAAUUUUAUGACGUGAACACCACAAACCAAUUUUCAAGUUCUUUUUGUGAACUUACUAUAGAUGCAGCGUAGUCCUUUAGAAUUCAACUCCUGUAAAAAAAUCGCUAACAUUUAACAGAUUAAAAGAGGCUGGAAUAAGGGCGAUGAAGUUUGAUGACCGCGAACUCACUUUUUGGGAGACGUUUUCGCUGCCGUUGCCGUAGUCGUUUUUUCAGGGGCUUACGAUCUGACAACGGCGACGUCCAUGUAAACCUCGCUGAAAAAUAGAAAAUUAAAAUUAAAAUUUGGUCAUUUCACGUCGUAGUCGAGCUGGGGUGGUAAAAGAAAUAUACAAAAAAGCGUGAUGUACGUGCAGAGUUGUUGUUUUUCUAACCGAACCUAUUGCUUUUUGACGUUGCCGUUGCCGUCGCCGUCAAAGUAGGGAGCUUUAGCAUCGACGACGGCAACGGCCGCGAAACUGACGUCAGUUUUAAAAUGAAUUCCCGUUUUUUCAAUUUGCUGAAAAUGGUAAGUGUAGGCGAAUUUCCCUGGCAUUGAUUUCUUGAGGACAGCACUCAAGUUUAGCGAGAGAAAAAGAGUUUCGUCGUCGCUUGUUUACGUCCUCCAUAAAACUUGCAAUUAGGCAUUUUCACGUCGUAGUCGUGCAAGGAUGGUAAAGAAAUGUACAAAAAAGCGUGAUGCACGUGCAAAGUUGUUGUUUUGCGUAACAAACCUAUUGUUUUGUUGACGUCCUGGUUGCCGUCGCCGUCUUCGUUGCUAAAGCUCCCUAGUUUCGAAAGGUCCCUUCCGAGGGAAGCUAGGGGGCGGCUGUAUACAGGCUACAUCCCGCACAUAUUUUCAAUCCCGAAUCUCGCCCCCAUUUUGUUAUUUUGGCGUUAAAAACCCGAGUCCCGGCCUUUAAAUAAUACCUUGUUACUCGUAUCCCGAGUACUAGGGACGCUAAAUACCAUGCACUAGUACACUUAACCAGUGAUAAAAUGUUGUAUGUUAUAUAUGUUUGUGCGUCUCGCGAUACACAAUCAUCGUUUACUUUUUUAAAUACCGAAAUGGCAGUUUUACAUACACUUCCUUUUAAUUUAGCUUCUUCCCUUUACAAAUUUAGUUUUUUUCUCUCUCUCGAUAUAUAUUAUUUUCAGCCCCCUGCGAAAGUAGAAAAUUGUUUUGAAUAGUUAAAAGAACACGUAUUUGUAAUUAAUUUUUUUGUCAAUAAAUAAAUAUUAAAAAAAAAAAAGUUUUACAGACACUUGUUAGGGGAAAACCACAACGACAAACCAGUGAGGACAGUGAGGGGCCACCGGAUCUUUAGUAGACCUGGAUCAGUAAAAUCUUGAGUACCAAAUUUUAACUUAAAACAGUAAACUGAUCCUUAUGGCAGGAAUAGUGAUAGGAAAAAUAAAGAUAGAAAACAAAAAUGAAGUGGUGAAUACAUACCCUUUUCUGGGUCGGCUUUUGCUAACAAAAUUGUUUAGUAGCCUGCGCGCGAGUCCCUGGCACUCGCGUCUCGUUUCGCGUGCUACUCUCGCGUGGUUUCUCGCUACUCCCCCAACUCGCAGGCCGAUUUGGAAAAGUGAACGCGGUCCCUGUAACUUAGCAACAAGCACAUUAGUUCCAUUGACUUGCGGCUUGUGAAUUGAUAAUACACAUUUGUUAUCAUUAAACAAUAAACAUAAACGUUGUCAACCAGAAAUAGUUAAUAAUUCAUUCAAGUAUAAGAACCUUCUUUGUCUCUGUAAUUUGAAGUCGUGUUUGGCAGUCACAAAGUUGAAAAGAAUUUGUUCCUUUUUUGCGUCCCAUUUAAUAAUUUCAGGUGAUCAUCUAACAAGCUGGCCUGAUGGAUUGUGAAGCGAUAGUUAAUAUUGUAUAGUAUUAAUGAUAAGAGUUUAUAUUAACAGAAAUAUAAGACAAAAGGCUUUUCAGACGGUGGAAACUGCAACCAACACAACAGUGUGAAACAUGAACAUGGAUGAUGGACAUUACGGCGUUUUGUUUUCUCCUACACGGACAGAGACCAAAUCUAGGGCAAAAUCAGAGCCCUCAAAAAAUCAAAGAACGCGUUCGUCGUGGAAUUCAUUGAUCCAUUCGCCGGAUUCCAGGCGCACGAAAUCAUGUCGGUCUGAGAUCGACAUGACGCUUAUGAGCGAACAAAACAGAGACAAACUUAUCGAAGCUUUUUUGCCAGACUUACGGAAGAAUCACACGAGGAUGGGAUACUUACAUCGCGUUCGCCCGUUUAAUCUCAAUCAGGAGAAUCUAAAGACUGUCCAAAUCCGCGCAAAAUCAUUAUCCUACAACAGGGAUCUCCGCGAGCACUCUGAAAUGUCGUUAGGUUGCGGACGAAAAGCUGCGAACAGUACGACUCCUCGACCGAGGUGGGCCGUGAAACCGUUGCCAGUAAAUUCAGCUAAUGACAGACUAUGUCCUGAUGAACCUCCACAAAUGGUUGCAUUUGUGAAGCGACAGCAGUGGAAUUAUAGUGACAAGAGAGCGUCGCUUGAUAGAGCCCUGCCUAAGAGGUCACUUGACAAGUGA